CGCUCUUAUCGGUGGCCUCUCCUAUAUAACCAAACCCUCCCUCAUCUCCAAUUCUCAUACUCAAUCCUUUAAGCCCAUCAUCUCUCUUCUCUUCCUCCUCUAAUCCCAAAACAAUCCAUUUCAUUAAACCCUAAGAAAUGGCUUCUUCAAUCAAACUCUCUUUGAUUGUCUUCUUUGCCUGCUCCCUUUUCCUUCAAGGCACUUUGGGGGAGAUUGUAUGUGAGGAAUUGCCCAAAGAAAAUUGUGCAUUUUCGAUCGCCUCAUCGGGGAAGCGGUGUCUGUUGGAGAGCUCGCCGACUGGAGAAGGGGAGGUGGAAUUCCAAUGCAAGACGUCGGAGGUGGUGGUGGGAAUGAUGGCGGAGUACAUAGAGACCGACGACUGCGUCGCGAAAUGUGGCGUUGAACGGAACUCGGUCGGACUUUCAUCGGAUUCCUUGAUGGAGACAGAAUUCACCAGGAAGCUUUGCUCCUCAGAAUGCCACCAAAACUGCCCCAACAUCGUUGACCUUUACUUCAACAUGGCUGCUGGCGAAGGGGUCUAUUUGCCGGAGCUGUGUGAGAAGCUAAAGAACAGCCCCCACCGAGCGAUGAUUGAGUUGUUGAGCAGCGGAGCAGCGGAUACUGCUGCCGAUAGUCCUGUCACCACCGCUGCUGCUCCUGCCGACUUUUCAACUGCCGCCUCUCUCGCGGCUGCCCCUGCAAAUGCUCCUGCUUUUGUGUAAUACGGAGUAUUAUACAUUAUGGAAGCAUUUAUCGCGGAUCAGAUAUCCUCAUAUAUGUAUUUUUAUUCCCUGCACGGCUUCUUAUACGUACUGCCUUUUCUGUGGUUAUCAUGUUAUAGAGAAUAUGUAGUGCCCCGCUGUACUGUUUGUUUAUGAGGAUGAGGACGAUGAUGAAGAGAUCAUAUAUCAUGUGCGUGCUUUAUAGUUCAAUUUAUAUAAUUCAUCAUAUCCUUCUUAUUUACUUGUACCUGGUUUUUAUGUCACCAAAUCAAUAAAUAUGAGGUACUUUUUGCUUCUCAAAUACUCGAAUGAAAUGAAUGAAAGAGUGCCAUAUCAUAGUGAA